AGAGUCUCCCUGGAGGCGGAAGCGGCUUCUGUUGCGCGCUGCUGAGAGUGGGAUCUGGGCUCCGCAUCCUGCCCGCGGCGUGCAUGAUGCGGCUGGGCUCUGGAACCUUCGCUGCUUGUUGCGUAGCGAUCGAGGUGCUCGGGGUCGCGGUGUUCCUUCGGGGAUUCUUCCCAGCUCCGGUCCGUUCCUCUGCCAAUACCCGGCACCAAGCAGAGCUCCCGGCGCCGGAACCCUCGGCUGGAGCCAGUUCUAACUGGACCAAGCUCCCGCCACCUCUCUUCAGUAAAGUUGUUAUUGUUCUGAUAGAUGCCUUGAGAGAUGAUUUUGUGUUUGGGUCAAAGGGUGUGAAAUUUAUGCCCUACACAACUUAUCUUGUGGAAAAAGGAGCAUCUCACAGCUUUGUGGCUGAAGCAAAGCCACCUACAGUUACUAUGCCUCGAAUCAAGGUGUUCAGCCUAGUGAGAGUGACUUUGACAUACGUAGUACUUUACCUAAGAACUGUGGUAAAGAAAAAAGCAUUGAUGACAGGAAGCCUCCCUGGCUUUGUUGAUGUCAUCAGGAACCUCAAUUCUCCUGCGCUGCUGGAAGACAAUGUGAUAAGAAAGGCAAAAGCAGCUGGGAAAAGAAUAAUUUUUUAUGGAGAUGAAACAUGGAUUAAAUUAUUCCCAAAACACUUUGUGGAAUUUGAUGGAACAACCUCAUUUUUUGUUUCAGAUUACACAGAGGUGGAUAAUAAUGUCACAAGGCAUUUGGAUAAAGUAUUAAGAAGAAGUGAUUGGGACAUGUUAAUCCUCCACUACCUGGGACUGGACCACAUCGGCCACAUUUCCGGACCCAACAGCCCCCUGAUUGGGCACAAGCUCAGUGAGAUGGAUAGCAUCCUCAUGAAGAUUCAUACCUCACUGCUGGCAAAGGAGAGAGAGACAGUUUUACCCAGUUUGCUGGUUCUUUGUGGUGAUCAUGGCAUGUCUGAAAUGGGAAGUCAUGGGGCUUCUUCCACAGAAGAAUUGAAUACAGCUCUGAUUUUCAUCAGUUCUGCAUUUGAAAGGAAACCUGGUGAUAUCCGACAUCCAAAGCACGUCCAGCAGAUUGAUGUGGCUGCAACAUUAGCAAUAGGACUUGGGUUGCCAAUUCCAAGAGACAGUGUAGGGAGUCUUAUAUUCCCAAUUGUAGAAAGAAAGCCAAUGAGAGAACAACUGAGAUUUUUACAUUUAAACACAGUACAGCUUAGCAAAUUGUUGAAAGAGAAUGUACCAUUGUAUGAAAAAGAUCCUGGAUUUGAGCAAUUUAAAAUGUCGGAAAGGUUGCAUGGGAACUGGAUUAAACUAUACUUGGAGGAAAAUAAUUCAGAAGUCCUUUUCAACCUGGGGACCAAGGUUCUCAGGCAGUACCUCGAUGCUCUGAAGAUGCUGAGUCUGUCCCUGAGCACGCAAAUGGCCCAGUAUGACAUCUACUCAAUGAUGGUGGGGACUGUCGUGGUUUUGGAGGUUCUUGCUCUGCUCCUACUCAGCAUCCCACAGGCGCUGCACAGAAAGGCUGAGCUGGAAGUUCCACUGUCAUCUCCUGUGUUUUCUCUGCUUUUCUAUUUGAUGUUCCUGGUUCUUUCAGCCCUUCAUGUCAUUGUAUGCACCUCAGCUGAGAGCUCAUGCUACUUCUGUGGCCUCUCAUGGCUGGCAGCAGGUGGAGUGAUGGUGUUGAUUUCUGCACUACUUUGUGCGAUUGUGUCUGUUCUGACCAAGAUGUUCUUCAGUGGAAAUCUCUCAAAUAAGACUCCAUCUCAUCCCAACUCAAAGUGGUCAGAGUUAGAUCAUCUUAUCUUGUUAGGGACGGUGGGCCACGUUUUGAGUCUGGGUGCCAGCAGCUUUGUGGAGGAGGAGCAUCAGACCUGGUACUUCCUUGUUAACACCCUGUGUCUAGCUCUGAGUCAAGAAACCUAUAGAAACUACUUUCUGGGAGACAACAGUGAGCCUCAGCAUCACUUCCCUAUGGAGCAAGGGUUGGAUGGUGCUGCCUCAGCAUUGAAGACCAGGACUGGCGGUGAUGGGACAGAGCGGGACAAUGGGCAUGGGAGCCCCUUUCUCUCUGAAGUACUCGAGGGCCAUGAGAAAUGGAUGGUGCUGGCAAGCCCAUGGCUGAUACUAGCCUGCUGCCGGCUGCUGCGCUCCCUAAACCAGACAGGUGUGCAGUGGGCCCACCGGCCUGACCUGGGCCACUGGCUCACCAGCUCUGAUCACAAAGCUGAGCUUUCUGCCCUGGCUGCCCUCUCCCUCCUUGUGAUUUUCAUGUUGGUACAGAGGGGGUGCUCCCCCAUGUCCAAGGCAGCCCUGGCACUGGGGCUGCUGGGUGUCUACUGCUUCAGGGCAGCCAUUGGGAGUGUGCUGUUCCCAUGGCAACAGGACAACAAGGACAUUUCAAAGGGUAUUAUAGAAGCUCGUUUUGUUUAUGUCUUUGUCCUUGGCAUUCUGUUCACGGGCACCAAAGACUUACUUAAAUCCCAAGUCAUUGCUGCAGACUUCAAAAUCAAGACUGUAGGUUUAUGGGAGAUAUAUAGUGGAUUAGUUCUCCUGGCAGCUUUGCUCUUUAGACCACAUAAUCUUCCGGUGUUAGCAUUUAGUCUCUUGAUUCAGACGGUAAUGACUAAAUUCAUCUGGAAGCCCUUGAGACAUGAUGCUGCUGAGAUCACUAUCAUGCAUUAUUGGUUCGGUCAAGCAUUCUUCUAUUUUCAGGGCAACUCCAACAAUAUCGCCACCGUGGACAUCUCUGCAGGCUUUGUGGGCUUAGACACCUACAUGGAGAUCCCAGCCAUGUUCCUGACCGCGUUUGGGACGUAUGCAGGGCCUGUGCUGUGGGCCAGCCACUUAGUGCACUUCCUGAGCUCUGAAACAAGCAGUGGUUCAGCACUGAGUCAUGCUUGCUUCUGCUACGCGUUGAUUUGUUCUAUUCCAGUUUCUACAUACAUCAUUUUGGUGACAUCCCUGCGUUAUCAUUUAUUUAUAUGGAGCGUAUUUUCUCCAAAACUUCUCUAUGAGGGAAUGCAUCUUCUCAUUACAGCUGCUAUCUGUGUAUUCUUCACAGCCAUGGAUCAAACCAGACUCACAGAGACUUAAACUAAUCUGGACACUAGGAAAAUAAUAUAUUUUUAAAGUCUGUUUACUCAUGAAUUCGAAUGUGGAAAAAUCUGUUUAAUGCAAUAUCAUUCAAAAAAGAAAGAUAUGAAUUCUACAAAAUUGAUGAAUAAUUUUUUUAACUGCUGUUCCUGAUUUCAGAUUAAAUAGUAAGUAGUUUAAUGAAAGGUCACUUUAAAAUACUUAGAGUUUGCAUCAUAUUUUCCCUAUUGACAGCCACUCCAGAAACUUCUGAACUUUUCAUUUUCUCUGGAUAAAUUAUGACAUGACCCAAAUAUGUGUGUUUAAAUGAACGAAUGUGAAUGUCGCCUCUGUCAGAGAGCACAGGAGCUCCAGGAGGUGGCACAGCUGAGACUAAGGUCUCCUCAGGGAGCUCAGGGCUCUCACAAUCCUCGAGACCAUGGACGGCUCCAAGGAUCUUAGGUUUGUGGCAUAUAGAUGUAACAUUUUAAAGAAAAAUUGCUUUAUUUCCCAACAAAAAUACUUUGUAAGAAGGACAACAUUGUUUAACAUUUUUGCAAAUCUCUUUAAUGUCUGGCUUAAUUGAAGACAAUUGGAUUCUGUAUUUAAUCUGUUGUUAUGUGUGCUUGGUUGAAGUAUAAGAAGAAAAGAAACCUCACACAGGUAUGUAGUUGGUACAAGGAGGAGUAUUUUCAUGUCAUUUUUCUGGUCAUUAUGGAACUUCUUGAUACCAACACCAGACCUGGACAAAUGGUAGUUUCUUAAAGUUCAGUUGGAUAAAAAGAAGAGAAAUGAGUGCAUGUAAAAAUUGGUGAAAUUCUACUGAGGAUUGUACCCAAAUCAUUUUGCUGGUUUUGACAAUGUUCUGUGGCUAUGUAAGAUAUGGUCACUAGGGAAAGCCAAGUGAAGGGUCAUGGAACCCUCUUUAUUAUUUUUACAACUUCUUGUGAGUCUUAAACUAUUUCAAAAUUAAAGUUAUUUUUAAAAAAGAUUAGUUGCAAUGUGGAAUCUGAAAUUGUGUCAAUGAAUUUUCAUGCCAUGAUGCAAUAAAACCCCCGAUCUGUCUUGCAUCUAGAUCUUUAACCCAGAUGUGAUUCUGUAAAUCUGCAUUAUUGUUUGGCUAAUAACAGUUCACUGAGUUAUAUAGAUAUUUAAAUGUCAAUGUAGUUCAUUAUUCAAUACCAGAAUCAUUUGUUAUAUCGCCACCAGUCUUGUCAGAAGUCUUUAAUGAGUUU